UUUUUUUAAAGAAUUAGUGUUACGUUAAGAUAUACAUAUAUGCAACAAAUAAUAGUAUAUAAUGAGAUGUAUAACAUCUAUCUAUGUAUCAUGUCUAUAUGAGUUUGUUACUUUGUUUGUAUGUAUUAUUGUCUGUAAGAAGAGAGCCUAUAGUUGCUUUAAUUUAAAUUAACAAUGAUUAGAUAGUAGACAUUUGUUUUCCUAUACCCUUAAAUAAGAAAAGAGAGGAAAUAUAAUAUAUUUAUCAUUUCUGUGAACUUUGUUAAAAGAAAUCAGUAGGAUAAAGAAAAAUAACACCCCUUUCAUUAUCAGAAACUAUUUAUCCAUUUUAUGAUAUAUUGAUAAACACAAACAGACAAAAUAAAAUUAAAACAUUAUUACUUUUAUAUACAUUAAUUUACAUUUAUUUAUCAACCCUAUCGAAAAUAAAUCAACUCACACUAUUAAACUAAAAAAAUAAAAUGGAACAAUCAUAUUCAAUGGUGUCAACUCAAACCCCUUUUAUGACUGAUUUUUAUUGUUAGAUUGUAAACAAACAAAAAUAUAAUAGAAAUUUUGCCAAGUAAAAGUGAACUCUUACAUUAUUCUUCAUUCAAUUCGAAUAUCAUUAUUAAUCUAAACUGUAUCAAGUAUGAAAAUGAAUCUUCGAUAAACAAAAUGAAUAUGAAUGAAGAAUUAAAUAUCGCUACAAGUAAUAAUGAUUUUAUACUGAAUGAUGAAUCGAACAAUUCAUGGAAGAAUUCUAUAGAAUAUGAAUCUUUCUAUUCCACUCCCACUAAUAAUACUCAUACUAAUAAUGGCAUUACCUUCACUCCAGAAAAAACUACAACAAAUUCUCCAAAUAACAACAACAAUGAUGUAUCUUAUUCAUUUGAUGAAACAACCAGACAAAUAAAUGAUAAAAUUUUAGAUAUAAACAGUCGAAACAAUUUUCUCAUGGAUACAAUAAAUGAUAAAAUAAAACAACCAGAUAAUUCAUGUUAUUCAAUAUGGCAAAAUUUUGUAACAACCCUACUAAACAAUAAUAAUAAUAAACCAUCCCCUGAGAAAGAAAUUGAUGAUGCAAAUAAACUGACAAAAUGCCAUUCACCACUUAAUUCAUCAUGCUUCAAUGUAACUAUGGACUGCACAGAUUCUUCACAUACCUAUGUAUCAACAGCAAAAAGUAGUGAUAAUAAUAAUAUGACUUCCAUGUCCAAACAGCUUAAUAAUACACCGAAAAAACGGAAAACAGCUUAUGGAAUACGUGAUAUACUAGAGGAUUCCUGUAAAGACAAUGAGAUUGUUCAAAAAUCGAAUGAUUUCAAUGAUAAAAUCGAUAUAAUUAAAAGUGAAAAACCAGAGAAACAUUUAAGUGAUGAGAUUGAAUCUGUCGAAAGUAAACUAAAUAAGAGUUAUUUAUCAUGGUGGAAUACAUUACAGUCUUUAACAUCAUCACAUUUAACUAAUACAUUAGAUAAUUCUUUAAAUAAAACAGAUGAUAAUACACUUCAAUUGAUCUAUCAACAAUAUCGUUUACUUGAAAAAAUGUCAGCAUUACCAGAAAAUUUUCAUUCAAAUUAUUCAUUACACUUAGCACAAAUAAACAAGAAUAAAACAGAGAAUAAUCCCACGAAUCAAUCAACCUCUUCAUAUCAAAAUCAUUAUACAACUAAUAUUGAUUCAGAAGAAAAUAUUGAAACUAAAUCCAAGUUGAAUCAACUACAUUCAAGUAUGAAUUUAUUCAAACGAAUUGUAUCAAAUUUGACCAAUGAACAAUUACCUCAACUAUUAUCAUCGACAAUAGGAGGGGCAUUUAUAACGUCAACGACAACAGCAACAACAACGACGACACCUUGUUUAAUGAAAAAAGAAGGAUGUAAUACAUUUUUAAACUGUUUAAAUAAUAAACACUAUAAAUCGUAUGAUUGUGAAAAUCUUUUCAAUAUGGCUGCAGCCACAGUAGCUGCCAUGGCAGCUGCAGCAUCAAUGACAAGUUAUCACUCACCAUUAAAUAAUUUACAUAAUUCAACUCAUCAUACAUCAUCAAAUUUAUAUGAUUCAUUGAAUAUAUUCCAAAAUCCUCCAUUAACUGAUUAUAAUUUGUCAAAUCAUAACAUUACUACUACAUCUGCAAAUACGGUAAAUGACAAUAAUAAUAAUAUUACAAGUAAUAAUAGUAAUGUUACAUCAAUUCCGUCUAAUAAUUCAUUUAAUUCAAAUAUAAGUAAUAUUCAUUUACCUAUAGGAUUAUCAACAGGACAUAUGAAUAGUACAAGUAAUGCCAUGCCUAAUAUUCAUCAUUCAUUAACAUCGCCUACAUCAUCAUCAUCACCAUCACCUUCGACACUUGUUAGUACAAGUAAUAAUGGAAUAAGUUCAACAAAUUCUUGGAUAAGAACAAAUGAAAAUACACUUGGUGCUAUCGAUAAAGAUGGAAAAAAGAAGCAUACACGUCCAACGUUUUCUGGCCAACAAAUAUUUGCAUUGGAGAAAACAUUUGAACAAACAAAAUAUUUAGCUGGUCCAGAAAGAGCUCGUUUAGCUUAUUUCUUAGGAAUGUCUGAAAGUCAGGUUAAAGUAUGGUUUCAAAAUAGACGAACAAAAUGGCGAAAAAAGAAUGCAGCUGAAAUGAUGUCAAGUAGAUCUAAUCUGUUCACAGAAAAUCCAACAUCUAAUUUAACUACUAAUGCUGUACAAUUAGCUAGUGGUGAUUAUGAUCAUACGGAUUUAGGAAGUGAAAGUAUGAGUGGAGAUGAUUGUUUUUCAUCUGAUGAUGUAAAUAUGACUAGACCAGAAUCAAAUCAUUUGCCGUUAGAACAAAAUUAUCAAUCGGAAAUGGAUAAUGAGCAAAAACGUAAUGUAACUUUCUCUAUCCCAAUUACUACCAAUAACAAUUUUCCUAUCAAUACUAUUAGAGAUAAUUUUGAAGUAAGUAAUAAUAAUAUAUCUAUGGGAGUCGAUUACACAAAUACUCAGAAAAUAUCAUCAACUUCAAUUAAUUUGGAUAAAGAUAGUAAUUCUUGCAAGCAAGCACAAUUAAAUGAUCUAAAUUUAUUAAACUUAAUGUCUAAAUCACUUGAACAUCAGCAGGAAUGGUUUCAAAAAUAUAACCAAUCCAAUCCACUUAAUAUAUCACCUACCCAAAUGAUUAAUCCACAACAUUCUUCCUUUCUUAAUGCAUAUGGUUUGAAUCUGUUAAACACUUCCUCUAAUGAUAACCAAGACGGAAUAUCUCAUACUUCAACUAUAAGUCAAUCAACAAGUAAUAAUAAAAGAACUUACUCCCUUAAUAAUGAUGAUUUUUCUCUAGGAUCAUCUACAUCAAAAGGAUUUAGUAUUCCCAAAGUGAACGAAAUAUCAUCCUUACAUCAUCCCUCUACGUUUAAUGAAGAAAAUCUGAAUAUGAAAUAUAAUUUAAAAUAUUAUGCCACUCCAAAUUUUCACAACCAUUUAACUACAUCUAUGAAUAAUGACAAAAGAAAUCUUAAUCAAAAUAAACAUCAGAAAACAUCAUUUUCUGAAGAUUUAUUCUCUUCAAAAAACACAUGAGCAUUUCAAUCACCAUUAAUACAGACAUUAAUAUUAACGUUUAAUCGGUUGAGAAGAUCUUUGAUAAUUUGGAAUUUCUAAGAUAACGGUUUUCCCGUUAUAUCAUAAUAAAAGUGAUUCAAAAAAGUACCCUAACACUUCAAAUGAAUACAACUUAAGUCAUCAAUCAUGUAUAGAAUUAAUAUUAUUAUUAUUUUUAUUAUUAUUAUCAUCAUCAUCAAUGAUUGUAUUGCUCUUCUCCAUUUUGAUGGUCUAUUCAAUGAAUUCAAAUUCAUCAAUCAAAUACAUAAUCAUUAUUUCUUUCUUAAUUUAAUGGUAACAGCUUAUGGUAAACAAAUAUAGAAAUUAUGAAAAUAUGAAAUAUAAUAUACAUAUAUUUUCUUUUCAAUUAUGUUACAUCUUAAAAAAAGUAGUAAACAUACUACUUCUAAUACUAAUUUCGUCAUUAGUAGUAUUUUUAAAAAGAAAUUAAGAAUUGAAAUAACUACUAUGUUACAAUUAUACUAAAACUUUAAUAUAUUCAAUCAUUCUAUUUUAAAGUACACAUCAGUAAACUUAUUUGAUUAACAUACAUAAAUAUUUGUUUAAUUAAAACAAAAAUUAAAAAAAUUGUAAAGAAAAAAUAUUUUACUGUUUCAUUUGAAAUUUAUUUCACACUUGCAAAAUGUAUAAUGAAAUAGAAUAUUGAAUGAUCAAAUGUUUGUUCAUAAAUAGGUCAACAACAACAACAACAACAAAAAUUUAGGUUUCAAAAGAUGCUUCUUUUAAAAUGAAACAAUAUUUAAAUAAAAUGUAAAACAUUCAUUGUGUAUAUUUUCUUUUUUUCUGUUGUUGUUAUUGUUGUUGCUUUUAGGUGCAAUCAGUAUGUAAUUAGAAAUAUUUCCAUAUUAUAUAUAUUUUAAGAU